CAGAGGCUCAAAAAAUCGUGCAAUCUGCUGCAGCGAAGAAGGAUGUUUCGUUUCAAGAGGAAUCGCCGUUGAUGUUGGUUCGAGACCGGCGAGUUGUUUACAUCAGGUUCAAUUGCUUCCAUUGUUUACAUCAGGUUCAAUUGCUUCCAUUGUUUACAUCAGGUUCAAUUGCUUCCAUUGUUUACAUCAGGUUCAAUUGCUUCCAUUGUUUACAUCAGGUUCAAUUGCUUCCAUUGUUUACAUCAGGUUCAAUUGCUUCCAUAGGCAUUCAUAUGUUUACACCGGCGAGCUGUUUUGAAUCUGUGAGAGAAGCACCGGGGUCAACCCAUCUCCCCGAUCUGCCCUCCCCUUCUCCCCUCGUCUCAUCGCCGUUUCCUUUUUCCAGACCACUGUCCCGCAAAAGCGCUCAGAAAAAGUAUACAACACCCGCCAAACUCAAGGCCCAUCAACCCUUAAACGGAGAGCUAACAGCCGCUACAGGAACAGUCUAGAAAUAGUCUAGGAACAGUGCGUCGUGCUUCAAAACAGUGGAGAAAUUCCCAAGCGAGACCAUUGAAUAGUUGAAAAUUGAGGGGUUUUUUCGAGAAUCAGCCAGAACGGAUCAACGGACGCCGAUCUUUUCUCC